UUUCUCCACCAAAAUCCGUCACAUUCACCAUGCAUUCACUAUUGCUGCUCAAAGUUGGAAUCUUCUACGCUCUACUGUCCUUGUCUGCAGUGCAAAGUAAGAUAAUCAGUACCAAUUUAUUUCUAGUCGAAUUUGGAACGUUCAACGCUACAAACAUGAUUUGUUUUGACAAAGAAAUCCUGAAAUUCGCAUCCAGCCCUAAGUCAUUCGUGUUUAACAAUCCAUCUGCAAAGAACAUCACUUAUAUCAAAGUGGAACAGUUGCAGCAACGACUCGGUGGAAUUGCGGCAUCAAUCACGAACGGUGCGAUCGGUACAACCUCGGUGACGCUGCAAGUCUCCGCUGCCCAGGACGGCAAGCUGUUCCUUGGUGAUGUUGAAAUAACGAUGAUGUGCGUAUCAUAGAACUCCUCCAUCAAAUCAGCCAGCUAGCUGUGAUGAUUCUCGAGUAAGAUAAAUCCUACGAAAUGCAAUGAGCAAAUUGUAGCUAACAAAAAUGUGAAAUAUUUAAAGAUAAAUUGCAGAUAUAAUUAAUUAGGAAAAGUUUUUAAAUAUAAAGUUCUUAGUCGAAUACAACAACAUUCUAGAAAAAAAAUAUUACUUAUUUUGUGAGCUGUCAUCAGAAAAUUAAAUUAAUAAAGUAUUUAACGAACAAUUCAAUUGCAUAGCUGUAUUAUUUGUCCUUUAACUUAAACUUAGCAAUAAGGUUUGAAGAUGACUCAAAUUUUCCAAUUUUAAUAAGCGUAGAUUAAGAGCACCAGUGUUACAUCUGUUAAUCUGUGGCCCAAUACUGAAGGCUUGCGUAUCAAAGCCGAAACUAAGUCCAGUUUUCCGUAAUCACAAUAAACUAGUUUAUCAUACCAGGUGUUACUUAAAAUAAAAUGUUUCCAAAUAA